CUAUAAAGAAAAAAGCUUCUCCAAUACAAAAAAUGAUCUUUCCUUUGAGAUUAGUUCCACAUUUUAGUACAACACAGUAACGUUUCGAAACUUUUCCCAUUCGUUUAGUUAACAUUGAACAGUAUUGAUGUGUUUCCGCGUGCACUUCCCACACACUUCCUAGCGAUUUUGCAAAUUGAUUAUCAAUAGUCAAUAUGAGAACAAGAAACACGGUUAAAGUUUCUGGCGGAAAUGGAAACAAUACGCAGAAACGGAAAUACACUCGUCAGCCCAGAAACAAAUCACACACAACAGCAAACAGGAAUUCGGGUUUAGAUGAUUUCCAGCCAGAGCAAGAUCAAGUAAGCAUCGCACAAAUUAACGACGUGCCUGUUCUAUCCGUUAAAGAGGAAAGUAAAACCUCUGAUGAGCCACUGAACUGUCGAAAUCUAAAAACCGAGUUUGGUGCGGAUGUGGUCAGCAACCUAAAGACAGAACCAUCUAACCAACUGCUUCAACAGCGGGAAGCAAAUGAAUCCUUGGUUUUGUUUGCUCGAAGUUUGAAUCAAGUAAAGAAUGAGGUAAUUGAUACUGAAAACCAGGGAAGCAACGUAAUUGAAGGGAAUGAUAUCACAGCGUACAGCUCGCUAGGAAAUAAUGAAUCAUCGACAAUCGUGUAUCCCUAUGAAGCAAAGCCGGAAAGCAACGUGACCGCUUUGAACGCGCCUAAUCCUGCAACAUGUACCAGUAUACCUAAAACCGAAAACCUUUUCAAUAGCCAGCCAAAUCAGAAACCUAGUUGUUUUAACGGUGCUUACAAACUGUAUCGAUUUAUGGUUUGUGAAUGGUUUUACAGCCAUAUUGAUCGUCCACUAUUCGCGGAACAAAGCUACAAAAACUGUAAUCUCAGUACAAUGGUAAAAGAACAAUAUCCGUCACUUUUCACCCGUUCGCUGAAUCGCAUCCAGUGGAACUAUAUCCGUAUGAAGCUCCCAAAGGAAAGGCCGGUUCGUCGCUUGUCGCACGCGUUUCUUCACCACGAGCGAAUUAAUCUGGAGCGUCGCCGUGAAAAGUUGCGCUUUCUGAUGGAAGACUCAAUGUUUGAAUAUUUGGACGACGACAUACCGUCGGCCAUUCCAAAACCGAUCGACAUCGGAAGCACAGUGAGAGGUACCACGUUUAUACCGCACUAUGGAUCACAUACGGGGCAGGUCAUUGGCGUGGAAAACCGGAACAUCCCAUUGUUUCGCGUUCGCUUUAGGAACGACAGCGAGCAACUAAUUCCAGACUACCGGGUAGCGCUUGAGCAGUUUUUUCACAUUGCAGAAGCUUUGGACACUGUUUCAGUAACCUCCAAACACCUGAAACAAAUCGCAUUGCAGGAAAUAAAUCUUAUAGAAAAAUUUCGUUUGUUACAUGCGUUGGAAAAUAUUCGGCUCAACCUAGCCGCCCGUCAUGCAACGGGAUUUCUAAACGCAGUGCAAGACAAGGAACAGAUCGAAGCGUAUGAUCAGACCGUCCGUAAGCUUAUGCAUUUGAAUCGGAAUUUGUUGCAGCUGAUGAAACAGAUCUCCACCGACUAUGAACAGUACAUGGCCGAACCCCUGACGGCGAACGAUGAGGAUGACGUACCCGUGGUGGAUAAGUAUGUUAUGGACGAAGCCAAUCAGCUGCUAGCGGCGUACACAAAGUUGGACCAAAUUGACAACAGCCCUGUGGCCGAUCUGCUGUGGCGGGAAACUAUGCAGCGUUUGCACAGACGUCCCGAGUACUUGCAACAGUUCGAGGCGUACCUGGCAUCCAACAUUGGAAUGAUAUUCGAUGUAACUUCACGCAGUUUGAGAUGAUUGCUAGGAAUGUACCUAAGGUGUUUUUUCUCGCACAUGUUAACUAGCACAAAUUGUAUUAAAACACAUUUUAAUUACCAGUAA